AUGGAAGCGCAGUACACAACACCACAAAAGUCUUUGGAAAAAGUUUUGGGAGUGAUUGUCCCAUCUCCUUUUAAGAGGAGUUUGUUUUGGCCGGAAAAUUGGAUGGAUAGUAAUAAGAAGAGAAUGAAACGAGAGAAAAUUCCAUCAACAGUAACUAGUAAAGCUUGGAAAGAAUAUCACGAGAAAAAGGAAACUGAGAAAAAUAAAAAACAGCAAGAAAAAGACGAAAGAGCUAGACAGAGAAUAGAAAAAAAUAAAUUAAAAGAACAGUUAACCAAUGAAAAGAACAUUAAAAGCAAGAUUAAGAAAACUGUUCAAGAAGAUUCGACUUCAGAAGAGUCAGAUGUGGAGAUUUCAUACGCUGAAAGUGAUAUUAGUUAUAACUUAGAAGAUGACGAAGAGAAAGAACCAGAAAGAGAAAAAAUAACAAAAACAAAGAAUGAAAUAGACUGUGAUUUUAUAGACUCGGAUUUAGAAAAUUUGCCCUUAAGUAAAAUUGCAUCUUCAAAAGCAACUAAACCAAAUAAAAACAGGAAGUUUUCGAUAGGAAAUUUCGUAAUAAUUAAGUAUGAAGGGUACUCCCCUUCAUACUCUACAUUUUCCUGGUAA